UCAAUUUGCUCACCUUCUUCGUCCCUUCACCCCAUCCCUCUCACUUUUCUACACAGCUUAAGCUGCUGCUACGUCAUCUUCACCCUCACUGCUGUCGUCAUCGAUCUUUCUCCUCUAUAAUACGCGGCAAUCAAAUUAAUAACCCUCCUUCAUGAUCCAGAUUCCAAAUCCACCUCAAGUUUUAUUCCAAUAAAACGUUCUUACAUCAUCCAUAUUCCAAAAUCCAAUUGUGUUCACAUCCGACUUCUCAAAAUCAGUUUUUUUUUUUUUUCCAGAAUAGAAAAAAAUUAGCUGAUGGGAGACCAAAAUCCAUCUUCCAACCACCGCUACAAUACCGAUGGCUCAGCAACGGCCGACAAGAUAACCAGCAUGGCCAUGGUGCUUACAGUAAUCUUCUUCUUCCUCGUAGUCAUCUUCGUCCUCUUCCUUUAUAUCUACACCCACUACUGCUGGAUCGGAAGGUCCAUAACCCAUCGCCGCCCGGCACGCACCCAUUUCAUCUUCGCCGCCGGCGACGCUUCACUGCCCAGCAUCGGCCUCAACCCUUCCAUCCUCCUCUCUCUUCCUAUCACCAUCUACCGGUCGAAUGAUUCCAAAGAAGGCCUCGAAUGCGCCGUCUGCCUCUCGGAACUCUCCGACGGAGAAAAGGCUCGUAUUCUUCCAAAUUGCAGCCAUGGCUUCCAUCUCGAAUGCAUUGACAUGUGGUUUCACACCCACUCUACUUGCCCUCUUUGCCGUUGCCCAGUCGGCGGAGAACGUGAGCUUAGCUUGUCGCAGCCAGCAGGUUUACAGGGAGGAAUAAUGUUGGGUAUUUUAAGUCCAGAUCGGUCGUCGACGGAGAUGUUUCAGUCGUCUUUGUCUCCAUUGACGUCAAGCAGGCCUCAAAUGGAGGAAAUAAAGUCGCCGGUUGAUGAGGGUAUAUCGCCGGCGAGGUUAAAGGUGGGAUCUUUCAAGAGGAUUUCGAGCAGAGGGAAGAUGAUAACUGGUGGUUCAUGUUGUGGUAGCCCUAUGGUUAGUGACAUUGAGCAGGGCUUGGUGGGAUAUGGAGAAGUAAAUGGGGAGGGAAGCUCGGUUUCUCCAAAAACAACGGAAAGCCGAAUUUUGUAAGUCACUUCCGGAGAACUGCAUCGACUCUUUGAUUUUAGUUUAUUAUUAUUUUUUUAAAUUUGUACAA